GGUUGUUGGGAGCUCAUCGCUUAUGGAAUCUUGCUGAACAUCAUUGGAGCCGGCUGCCUUUUAUUGAAGGCCAUUAUCGAUAAAGGAAAUACUGAGGCUCUGAUUCAUCAGAAAUUAGAAUCACACGGUACUGGCAUCAAGCCAACUGAAGAAGAUAAGCAGAAAGGACCUCAUGUUGAAAUUAGCUCUGUGCUAGUUGUAAUCAUAACAAUGGCGGGAAGAAUGGCUAAUGUGGUCGGCACAAUGAAGUUGUACAAGGGCCUUGGUAAGUUCUUCUCGGAUAGAAAACGGAAAAAAUUCAGAAAGGCUACUGAACGGGUACAAAACGGCGAAACCGAAGUGGAGAUCACCGAACUGUUUGCGGACUGUUGCCAAUGUUUCUAGUCAUUCUUUGCUCAGAAAUUCAUUACCGGU